AUGCGUCUAACACAACCUCGGCCACCCUCGCCGCAAUCCGUUUCGUCCAGCACCGACCAGCCUCGAGUGCCGGUGGGUCGAGUGAGCCCGGCCGCUUCGAACUAUCUACUGGAAGCGCUCCACCGAAUCCGUGAGCUGCAGGAUGAGCUCGAUUUCCUGCAGAACGAUCCGUACGCCGAGGACACGGACGAAGACGACGAUGAGGGCGACGGGCAGCCGGAGGAUGUGAUUGGCGGGCAGCAAGCGGAAGCCAUCGGGUGGGCCGUCUGCGCCCGGGAGACGAUCCAGUUCCUGCAGCGCGAAGGCAUCCCGGCCGACAGCCCGCUGCUGGCGAACCUUCGCCAACGUCUCAUCGGCCCCGACCGGCGGCGCGAGGAACCGACCGUACCCGACGGAGGACUAUCCUGCUGA